CUAUCUCUUCUGUUUCUGGGUGAAAAGGUUAAAACAAAAAGAAGGGGGGCCGUGAAGAAUUACUUCUUCGUUUGCUAGUUGGAAAGAGGUGUGCAGAGCUUUGGUUGUAUCUGAAGUUCGUCGAGGGUCAUCCAUGGGGAUUUGCAUGAGUGCCCGGGUCAAAGCUGAGAGUCCAGGUAAGACAGGAGGAAGUCCUAAGUACAUGAGCUCGGAUGGGAACGACAAGGGAAGUUUAGGCAGCAAGUCUUCUUCCAUGUCAGUUCGGCCGACUCCACGGACAGAGGGCGAGAUCCUGCAGUCACCAAACCUCAAGAGUUUCGGCUUUUCCGAUCUCAAAACCGCAACACGGAAUUUCAGACCAGACAGCGUGCUUGGUGAAGGUGGCUUCGGUUGUGUUUUCAAGGGAUGGAUUGAUGAGGUGGCUCUCACCGCCACGAAACCAGGCACCGGUAUGGUUAUAGCCGUCAAAAGGCUUAACCAAGAUGGUUGGCAAGGUCACAAGGAGUGGCUGGCCGAAGUGAAUUACCUUGGGCAGUUUUCUCAUCGUCAUCUCAUGAAGUUGAUCGGUUAUUGCUUGGAGGACGAGCAUCGGCUUCUUGUCUACGAGUUCAUGCCUCGGGGAAGCUUGGAGAAUCAUCUUUUCAGGAGGGGGUCGUAUUUCCAACCCUUGUCUUGGAAUCUCCGGUUGAAAGUGGCUCUUGGGGCGGCAAAAGGCCUUGCCUUUCUCCACAGUGCCGAGACUCGAGUGAUAUACCGCGACUUCAAGACUUCCAACAUCCUUCUUGAUUCGGACUACAAUGCAAAGCUUUCUGACUUCGGGUUGGCCAAGGACGGGCCAACGGAUGAUAAAAGCCACGUCUCUACACGGGUCAUGGGUACCUACGGAUAUGCAGCUCCUGAAUAUCUUGCCACCGGUCAUUUGACAACAAAGAGCGAUGUCUAUAGCUUCGGGGUUGUGCUUCUGGAGAUGUUGUCUGGACGGCGAGCUGUGGACAAGAACCGUCCAACCGGAGAGCACAACCUCGUCGAGUGGGCGAAACCAUACCUUGCAAACAAAAGAAGGGUAUUCCGGGUUAUUGACAACCGGCUCCAAGAUCAGUACUCCAUGGAAGAAGCACAUAAGGUGGCUACUCUCGCCAUGAGAUGCCUAUCCACGGAAAUUAAGCUCAGACCAAACAUGAAAGAGGUUGUCUCGCAUCUCGAACAGAUCCAAUCUCUUAACGCCGCGAGGAGGGAGAGGAGGACGCGAAGGAGCAGUGACAGUGUUAUCGCCAAGAAAGCGAAGGUCGGUUAUGGUCAGCCAUCGCCUAUGGCUGCUGCCAAUGGCACUGCCGCUUAUCCUCGGCCGUCUGGUUCGCCACUGCAUGUCUAGAUGUUAUGGCAAUUUUUAAUUUUCCACGAACUUCUAUAGGUAAAAAUUGAAUCUUUUUUUUUGUUUUGAAAAUGUAUCCUUUCUCUUACCACUUUAUAAACAGUGUAUACAUAUAUAUUGAUACAUAUAUGUUUCCGGUGCAGUUCAAAUA